UAGAGAAUAUCAUCGUAAAGAUGACAAGUGUUUUAAGAGUUACACCAGGUAGGUUGUAAAUUAUUUCUUGGUAUUAUCUAUCACAGUUUGGUACACUAGUUUCCAUUCUGAUGGAAAUCCGACUGAGUUGCGGUAGCGUCGACGAAACAUUGGAUUUUUUUGGAAUUUCGCUUGCGACGGUGGCAGGUCUGACAAAGUUAAUCUUCAUCAAGUUGCAUCGGAAGGAUCUACGGAAGAUUCUUUUGUCGGCACUGAAUAACUGGUCCACUAUCGUUGACAGUUCGUCUGCAAAGAAGAUCAUGUUGAAAUAUAGCCAACGUGGCAAGCUUGUGGGCCGUACGCAGAUGAGCUUCGCUUUUGUCAUCAUCACAGCUAUUAUACUGGACGCCAUUCCUUCGCCGGAGGCUUCUCAGCAGGAGAAUGCAACCUGGAGCGAAGAGCUCCCUCAACGAAUACCUCUUCGGACUAUGUGUACCUUUGGCAAUAUGUCUACAUCUACUUAUUGGACAGUCUUCGUUUUACAGUCGAUUCAGCUAUUCAACGCAGUACUCAUUGAAAGUGGAAACGACGUUUUCUUCUUUGGGAUUUCUAUGCAGAUUUGCGGUCAACUCGACUCGCUAAGAGUCUUACUUGGAGAAUUUAGACAGGAAAAGGAGGAGGAUCGUGUUCGAGAAAUCAGGGAAUUCGUUGAUAAGCACGCGCAUUUGUUGGGCCUUGCCCGACGAAUCGAGGACACUUUCACUAAUAUUCUUUUAGUACUUUUAAUGACCAAUGGAAUGCACAUCUGUUUAACAGGUAACGGAUUUGUAUUUUUUAAUCACGAAUGGAUACAAAUAUUGUUGCUGUCCAGACAAAAUGACGUAGUUCCUCUCAUCAAGGCUACCGUCGCGUUCGUUGUCAUCCUGAUACAACUUUUCUUGUACAGCUACGCCGGGGAUUUUCUCUCGUCAUUAACUCAAGAUAUUUAUCGUGUGAUUUAUAAUUAUCCUUGGUACGAAUUGUCACCGAAUAACGUUCGAAAUUUGGUGUUCAUAAUUAUGAGGGCACAUAAACCUUUUCGCCUGAGAGCUGGAAGAUUCUAUCCUAUGGAUAUAGACAGCUUCAAGAACAUUUUGAAGGCAUCUUUUUCCUAUUUUUCCGUCUUACGAAUUGUAUUCGAAGAAUGAUCCAUUUAUAAGCAAGCAAGUGAUUACUAUAUAAUAAAAUUCAUAGUAGUUUACGAUCACGAAUUCGUUCGA